ACUGGCUCAGGGGCGCGCGCCUCCGGCAUUCUGCCUGAGGUCUUCCAACCUCGCUCGCUGCGCCUCUGUCGCUGCCUGUGCCGGCUGACGGCUCGCGGCUCACGACUCCGGCGCCCGGCGCGGGUUGGCUGGCUCGGGACGUGCGUCGCCGAGGCGGGCUGAGCCGACGGGCGGUUAGCGCUCCGUUCGACGCGGGGAGGGGCGGCACUCCGAGCGCUGCACGGCCUCGGCCGACGCGGGCGGCGGUGGCGGCGGCGACGGCGGCGGGGCUCUCGGGCUCGGUGCCCCGGGCGGGAGCCAGCGGGUGUCCCGGCGGAGAGACGGGUAGCCCGGCUCCCUGGCCGCGGGCUCCCUGGCCCCGGGCUCCCUGGCCGCGGGCUCCCUGGCCCCGAGCACCCCGCGGCUGGGGCGGCUGGGGUAAGGGGACGAUGUCUGCUCGCGCCCCGGUGCCCGCCGCUCCCUCUCCGGAGGAGCAGCCCGCGGCGGCUGCGGAGAAGGAGUCGCCGUCGCUCGGGGCGAGCCGCGAAGCGGAGCGGGUGCUCACGCCCGAAAGGGAGGGCAAGCCGGCGGCGAGGGAUGAGAGGGCCGCGACCGCCACCAGCUCGGGGGCGCGGGGCGAGCCUUCGCCAGCGCCGGUGCUGGGACACAGCGUGCCCCAGGCGGCUGUGCCCGUGAGGCCGCUGGCGCUGCACCUGGCACACAGGGCGGGCGGGUCUGGAGGCCCCUUCGGCGGGGAGCCGCUGCCCCCGCUGCUUCUGCUGCCCCCGCCGCCGCGGGACCCGCCGGCCGAAGACGCCCGAGAGGAGGAGGCGGCGGGCGGCUCUGAAGAAAAGCCGCAGCCUCCGCUGCCCCCGAAGGAGAACCCCUGGACCAAAAAGCCGCCGCAGCACCUGUCCCCGGCCGGGUCGGAGCAGCCGCCGCCUCCACUGGAAUCCCCGGAAGCAGGUCCGUGGCUGCUCCGUGAGCUCAGUUCCCCCAAAAUUAUAAAAGCAGGAAAACUCAAGGCAAAGAAGUCCAACAAGGCUAGUGAUUUCAGCGAUAUGGCGAACUGGCCUACACCAAGUGAAUUAGUGAACACUGGAAGUCAGAGUGUCAUCAACCAAGGAAAUAAAAAGCUACAAAAUAAAAAAGAAAGAGAAGACAAGUUUGAGAAGAGAAAUAACAGUGAGAGCAAAGAAAGCCGUGAAACAAAGUUAGAUGGUCUUGGUGAAAAUGUCAGUGAGGAUGAAGCUCAGUCGAGUAAUCAACGAAAGAAAGGUAAUAAGCACAAGUGGGUACCACUCCACCUAGAUGAUGUAAGACCAGAUAGUCAAGAAAGACCAGGAUCCCGGAACAGCUCAAGAUGUCAACCUGAAACAAAUAAAUCAUCACAUAACAAUAGGAGAAAUGAUACACGCAGUUGGAGGCGUGAUAGAGAAAAGAGAGAUGAUCAAGAUGAAGUUUCCAGUGUAAGAAGUGAAGGUGGCAACAUCCGUGGUUCCUCUAGAGGCCGAGGACGAGGCCGGGGACGAGGAAGAGGACGAGGCAGAGGACAUCCUCGAUUAAACUUAGAUUAUUCAUACGGUUAUCAAGAACAUGGUGAAAGGACUGAUCAACUACUUCAAACAGGACAUAAUACCAGUAUGAUGUAUUUCUAUGAUGAUGGUACAGGCGUACAGGUAUAUCCUGUGGAAGAAGCAUUGCUUAAAGAAUAUAUUAAGCGCCAAAUAGAAUACUACUUCAGCAUAGAAAAUUUGGAACGGGACUUCUUUCUUAGGAGAAAGAUGGAUCAACAAGGCUUCUUGCCUAUUUCCCUGAUUGCUGGUUUCCACCGUGUUCAGGCCCUCACUACAAACCUCAAUCUCAUCUUAGAGGCACUGAAAGAUAGCACAGAAGUGGAAAUUGUGGACGAGAAAAUGAGAAAAAAGAUAGAACCAGAAAAAUGGCCAAUUCCAGGCCCUCCUCCACGUAGGGUGCCACAAACAGACUUCUCUCAACUGAUUGACUGCCCAGAGUUUGUACCAGGCCAAGCCUUUUAUUCACACACAGAGUCUGCUCCCAAUUCUCCAAGAAUUGGAAGUCCACUGAACCCAAAGAAAAAUACUGAAACAAGUAAUCUUCAAGCAAUAUCUAGAGUUUUGUCUACCAGUUUGCCUGACUUGGACUCAGAACCUUGGAUAGAAGUAAAAAAAAGGCAUCGUCCAUCCCCAGUGACAUUGAAGGAAUCAGCAUCUCUACCUGAAGAGUCAUCAAAUCAACUACACUCCCCAGAUGAACAAGAACAAGAAGAACUUGAUUUUUUAUUUGAUGAUGAGAUGGAAAAAAUAGAAGGACGAAAAAACACAUUUACUGAUUGGUCUGAUAAUGAUUCAGAUUAUGAAAUCGAUGACCAGGAUUUAAACAAGAUUUUGAUUGUAACUCAGACACCACCUUAUUUGAGAAAACAUUCUGGAGGAGAUCUCGCAGGCAACCACAUGUCUUGGGCAAAAAUUACGUCUGAACUUGCUAGAGUUAUCAAUGAUGGAUUAUAUUAUUAUGAACAGGAUCUGUGGAUGGAAGAAAAUGAAAACACACACACAGCCAUAAAGCUUAGGCCAGACGUGGAUGGUCUUCACACAGCAUGGCCAUGUGGCCUUCCAGUAGAGAAUGGCCUCCCCCUCCCUGAUGCUCAAGAAGUUGAGAACUUUAAGAAGCUAAAUCUCAUUAGUAAAGAGCAGUUUGAAAACCUAACACCUGAACUUCCUUUUGAGCCAAACCAAGAAGUGCCUGUAGCAGCUUCGCAGUCCAGGCAAGAAGUUUCUUCAGCAGCAAUGGCCUGUUCACUGCCAACAGCAGUUCCAGAAUCUCCUAGAAUUUAUCCUGCAAGGGCAUCCAAAAUACCUCGAACACCCAGGUUGCAAGAUCCAAGCAAAACACCAAGAUUUUAUCCUGUUGUUAAAGAACCAAAAGCCAUUGAUGUAAAGAGUCCAAGAAAGAGGAAAACAAGACAUAGUACAAAUCCCCCUCUGGAGUGUCAUGUUGGUUGGGUGAUGGAUUCCAGAGAUCACGGGCCCAGAGCAUCCUCUGUCAGCAGUUCAAAUGCUUCACCUUCAGAAGGUGCACAACUGGUAGGAAGUUAUGGAUGUACCCCUCCUUCAUUCCCCAAGUUCCAGCACCCUUCUCAUGAGCUCCUGAAGGAAAAUGGCUUUACCCAGCAAGUGUACCACAAGUAUCGUCGGAGGUGCCUGAGUGAGAGGAAGCGCUUGGGAGUUGGCCAGUCCCAAGAAAUGAACACUCUCUUUCGUUUCUGGUCUUUUUUCCUCAGAGACCACUUCAACAGAAAAAUGUAUGAGGAAUUCAGACAACUUGCUUGGGAAGAUGCAAAAGAAAAUUACAGGUAUGGAUUAGAAUGUCUGUUCAGGUUUUAUAGUUAUGGACUGGAGAAAAAAUUCAGACAAGAAAUUUUUAAGGAUUUCCAAGAAGAAACCAAAAAAGACUAUGAAUCUGGUCAGCUUUAUGGAUUAGAAAAGUUUUGGGCUUAUCUAAAAUAUUCUCAAUCUAAGACACAAUCAGUUGACCCAAAACUUCAGGAAUACCUCUGUAGUUUUAAGAGGUUAGAAGACUUCCGCAUCGAUCCCCCUAUUAGUGAGGAAUUUGGGAGAAAAAGACAUUCAUCUACUUCUGGUUCAGAGAGUAAUCAUCACAGACUUCCAUCUAAUCCCUCCACAAAGCCACCAAAUGCUGCUAAGCCUGCAUCUACCAAUCAGCUUCAGGUUCCAGUAAAUCCUCCCAGAAAGAAUACUGCGCAGGAGUCCAGUGACGAUUCAAGUGUUGCCUCAGUCUCCACAAAUGGUGAAGUGUCUGAGAAGUAGAUGCUUAUGCGAGUUGUUUGCCCUUGAAAUCAACAUUUACAUCAGUAUUUAUUUGGGAAAAUCUUCUGAUGUUUAGUUGUGAUAAUCAGAAAAAAGAAAAAGGAAGAAAAGUGGUAGCAUUUUUUUUUCAUAGCAAGAUAAAUUCUAAAAACGUUUUCCCGAUUUCCCAGAUAGCAAUAGUUUUGGUGACCUUUUAUAGAGAUCCUCUAAUAAUAUAUUUGAUCUCAGUCUUUAUUUUUCAAAACCAUUGUUUACAAGAACAGCAUUCCCUAAAUAUAUUCAAAAACAAUACAAGGAAUGCCUGAUGUUUCAGCUCAUACUUCUUAAAGAAGAUGCAGUAUGUUGCAUUCAUCUCUUCUGUAGAGUUUUUUACAGACUCCAGUUACCCCACUCUCAAUCCAUUAUUUGAACUUACCAAAAACAAAGAUUACGACGUAUAUAUUUUUUUAAUUCAGGAAAAGAAUAUGAAACGAUACAGUUGCUUUUAGAUGUAUCUUUUAAAGGAAACCUUUUUUUUUUUUAAACAGAAGGAGAACUAUAUUGCAGUUAUAUUAAAGCAUAUGCACUUUGGAUGCUAGAUUUUUCUUUUUCCCCUGCUAGUUAUACCUCAUGAUUUCCACAGUUACUGUUGCGUCAGUGUGGAGUGUUGUGAAUUGGCUGGUUACAUAUCAGGAGUGAUUUACUUUUUGUGACUAUAUAAACCUGCAAAACCUAUACUUUUCACUAAUUGAAAAGUAGUGAAAACUGGACUGGAAUUUGUUGAAAUAUUGUCCUAAAUUAAUUAAAUCUUGCACUGUUUUGAAUGUCUCUACUGUUUGUACGUGUGCAGGUGGGCAUGUCACAAACAUCCCCUUUAAGAGGUGUACUUAGUUCUUCCGUUUGCUUUUAGUUCUGUUUGAUGCUUGUGUUUUCAAGAGUCAUAGCAAAUUGAUUUCUAAUUCUUAUUGCUAUUGCAACUGAUGUAAAUGAUAGUUUCAGUUUUCGUGGGAAUUAAAAAAAGAGCACUUAUUCUAAACUAUUUGAAUUGAUUUUUAAUUAUUUUUGUUUAGAAUAUAGUUGAAAGGCUGUAAUAGUCAGAUGUUGCUUUUAGAAGACUGUUAUAUUUUGUGAAUAAAGUUUUAGUUAUAAACAUACCCAUUUUUAUUUAGCACAUAUAUUUUCUUGUACUGGCAGUAGAAGCUGGUUUAAUAAACUAAAUUAAUUUAUUAUUUUCUUUCUGGUGUCUUGUUCUUAUAGAAUGGCAACAUUGAAAUACAUAUAAUGUUGUUUGCAUAAGUGGGCUAUUUGAAAAAAGAUUUUUACUAGGUUAUUUCCCAUGCAUAAGUGAUACUAUUUAAUAUUGGCAGGGUCAUUUUGAUGUUUUAAUUUUAAGAAACAGUCAAAUUUGAAUGUUUAGAAAAUAAAUUUUACUUGGAAAGAGAUCUUGGAUAAUGAAAAUGCAAAACAACUAAUGAUUUAGAAUAAUAAUUUUUUUAAAGAUUUUAUUUGUUUUUUAGAGAGAGGGGAAGGGAGGGAGAAAGAGUAGAGAAACAACAAUGUGUGGUUGCCUCUCGCACGCCCCCUGCUGGGGAUCUGGCCUGCAACCCAGGCAUGUGCCCUGACUGGGAACUGAAACAGUGACCCUUUGGUUCACAGGCCAGCAUUCAGUCACUGAGCCACAACAGCCAGGGCUAGAAUAAUACAUU